UGCACACGUGAUCAGAGUUCUGCUUCCGGAUGUUAAAGAUUGUUUUUGCUGUUCGUGGUUCUGCUUUGUUACAUGUUGUCAGUUUUUUUAUUAAUAAAUUGUCUUUACAAGUUUGAUGGGACAAAUUACUUGUCAUUAAAAUCGCUUCAUUUAUCAUUUUUUUUCUAACACGUUAACCUUAUGACCAAGUGUUUGGACCUCUGGGAUGUUUAAACGGAAAACACUGACAUACGAAGCUAACUUCGGGACUAGCUUACAGGAUGUCUAAACUUGAGCGUUUGAACGCCCGGGUGGCCAGACUCCUGACCGAAGCCGUGCAGGAGGUUCUGGAGGUGGUGAAGGAGACGGUGUCAGAGUACCAGGAGAAAACAGCCAGGACACAGAGAGAGAACGAGAGUCUGAAGAGGAGACUGCAGGAGCUCCAGGACAAAAUACCAAAAGAAAGCACCCAUGAGAACACAUAUAAUUUUUCUGUCCUGACUACAAGUGGGCCGUCAGCAGAGGAGAGCGACACAACAGUGAAGCAGGAUCUGAGUAUCAUUCAGAAGCAUGACUUGGAUGUUGUUGCUCUCGCAGAGCAAAACAGCAACCAGCUCAACUAUGUCUUGAAGCAGGAGACUAAAGAAAAAGAGAGCCACAGCAGUAUUCAGACACAAGCUGAGUCCAAGUUGGCGCAAACAUCCACAGACCACCACAAAGUACAGCUGGCAGAUGCAACGCACAACUUAGAGGGGCACCGUAUGCCGUCUGAAACCAGGGACGCCGGAGCAGACCCUUACUCCAGCGCACUGUUUGGGUUAAACAUGGCUGCCAUCAAAAGUGAAUCAGAGCCCACAGACUGCAUGUCAUCACAACAACCAUGUCUUCAAUCCCAGUACACUGGCUGCAUGGAUUUAAGCUGCAACUCCUCUCGUCAUACCUCUGCCGAGACCCUCAGGCCGCAAGCUAGCGCUGAGCCUUACGGACUCGUUUUUGUUCGUUCAAAUCACAUGGCACACAGGAGGCAUGGAUUAGCAAAGAACACCAGGGCCGGUUUGGAUGGCAGACAGAUCAGGAUGGAGCACCUCAGGAGAGACGGCUUCCACUUGUGCGUGGUCUGUGGAAAGACGUUCAGCAGGGUCGGGAACCUGAGAAUCCACCAGCGCUGCCACACUGGAGAGAAGCCGUACGGCUGCGUCCAGUGUGGGAGGCGCUUCAGUCAGGCGGGAGACCUGAAAAAACACAAAAGGGUCCACACGGGGGAGAAGCCGUACUACUGCAGCCAGUGUGGAAAGAGCUUCAGUCGAGGGGAGAACCUCAAAAGACACCAGAGGAUCCACAUCGGAGAGACGCUCCAGCUGCAGCAAGCAUGUCAGGAGCAGCAGUAGUGAUUACAGCACUGAGUCGAGUGCACAUCAAUAAAAUUAGCACAGUUUUUUGUUUCUUUUUUAGAGAUUUUUAAAGGUUGAUUUUUGACCUGUGAUCCUAGUUUUAGAAACAGUUGCAGUGUAUUUAAAUUGUUGCUAACUCACUGGAGCUGUUGGAAGGCUCCUCUGUUUGUCACUCUAAGCAUGGAGAAGCCAGACUGCUGUUUUUCCCCCUCUUAACCAAAGAGGGGAAGUCUUAAAAAAAGCAUACUCUCUAUAUCUGAUAUAUCUGGUAUAGCAUAUCCGUGCAGUGUUACUUUGGUGACACAACUCAACCGAGUGUUGAAAUUGUAAUAACAGACGGCAGCGUUGUUGUAACUUGCAAGAAUAUAUGUCAGUGCUCAAGAGAAGCAUCUUAAACAGGAAGCUUCUGUCACCUUUCAGCUAAUUACAUUCUCAAGGUGCUACACAGGACAUAUAAAUAAACACCAGGCAUCAGUGUGGUUUACACAGGGUGUAUCAAAAGAGUCAUCCAAUUUCAAAAGGCUGUAUUUUUUAAAGAAACUGUGUUUCAGUCAUUACUGGUGAACGACUGAACAGUUAAAGCAUUUUAACAACAGAUUAUUCCUUUUGAUACACCCUGUGUAAUGAAUAAAGCUAGAAAUGUAAAAAGAAAACACAAAAACAUGCAGUUUUAUAUAUAAAUGUGAGCUAUUCAUUUAGACCGAGAGAUGUUAAGAUUUUAUUGGAGCUACAUUUGAAACAGCUUAUACAGAAACAAGAGUCCAGCGAUACAUUUGUAUGGCCUGUGAAAUCCAAUCGAACUUAUGUAUGCUAAAAAUGUGUUUGUAUGUAUGUCUUGUGAAGCUCCGAGGGAAUGUGACUUCUAAAAGUUGGGUCAUGCCCAAAUGUUUCAUAAACACUGCUGCUUCAUUCAAAAAAGUAGAUUUUUUUUACAUGUUUCUAUGAUAUUAUGAAGAACAAUAAUUAGCAUUUUAUAAGAUUCAAAUAGAUGACCCAGAUUGCUAUUGGAUCACUGGAAGAAGUUGGGCUUGGAGGACAUUUAUAGGAUAGUCAAUUCAUGAAAAGUAAUUGGACAAGCAGAAGCCCAAAAGCUGUGAUCGGCUGGAGAGCUCUGAUCAUGCAGAUCUCAAAAGCUGAUAUCCUGCAUGCCACAAAGAAUUGCAGAAGUUAUGAAGAAGAUGAUGAAAUGCUUGUGAUUGUUCUUCUGUGCCAUGGAAACAUGCAGGGGUUAAAGUUUCAUUCCCACAUCUUCAGUUAAUGAGUAAUUAAUGUGCUGCAGUCUGGCGGUCCAUCCAGUUGAUGCCAUGGAGAUACUUACUCAGGAAGAGUACUGAAGCACAAAUGGAGUAAAUGUGUUUAAAGUGGCAGGUCAUUUCAAAUAGCUCAGCAAUAAAUACACAAACUGUCUGUGCAGCUUGGCUAUGGAAGCUAAAGAUACAGCUGCUAUUUUCCAGAGAGAGAGAAAAGUGAAUCUGUGAUACGAUCACUCUCAGAGAUGGAGAAAAAUAAUAAGAGGAUAAUGAGGUUAUUUUCAAAAGCUAUGAACUGCUCAGAGAGCGACAAUUGACUAGCUAGAAAUGUAAAGCUUUACAUGUAAUGUGAUGUAAACGAUCCUUGUUCUGUUUUGGGGGUUUUUUUAUCAGAAGCUAGGUCUGUGCAGGAUGUUUUGCUGUAGCUUAAUGGUUAUUUCACGUUGCGAAACUUGAAUUGGAAUCAUUUUGUGUUAUUGAAAUGUAUGAAGUAUGAAAAUACUACACAGUUCAGUGCAGGCUAAACUGCUGUGUUAGCUGUGUUUACAUCCAGUGUACAGUACUGUGCUGUGUUGUGCUGCUGUAGAGCAGGCUGUGGUAUUCGUGGCCACUUAAGUUAGGUGAAGCAGUGGUGGAGAUAGAUAACCAGGUGAAUAUGAUGUAAAACUGAGGUAAAUUUACUUUGCGGAUGCUUUUGCACUGAUGAAAUUCACCUUUAUUUACGUGAAAUUGAACACGGUUUGUUUUUUAAAAAAAAAUUAAAUCUGAAGUUUAAAAACCACCAAGGUGAAUCAAGGCUAGCAGCCGUCACUUUAACUUCAGACUGAUGAUGCUGUUUAGCUUAAAUUCUACCUUUCAUAUUGCCUUUAUACCAGCCAGGUGUUGAAAUAACCUCUUCUUAGGUCAUGUUAAAAUCACCAAAAACAGUUACUCUAUCAGCUGACAGCCUGUACCCACAAAGAGAGAGGAAAUCUACUGGCACUCACAAUGAAAAUUAAUUUGUAACUUAUUAGUAAGUGAUUCAUUAGCUCAUGCUGCACUGCUUCAGUGGAUCUUAGGGAUUUGCAGCCUGCCAAAUCCCACUGUAAACCCUGGAAACAUGUAAGAAAUAAUCUAAAUAAGAAAUGAAGCAGCAAAGUGUUUAAAACACAGACUUUUGGCUAUACAAAAAGGAAAUAAAUAUGUUCUUGCAAGUUAGAUGGUGUGCAGGAGUCUCUUUGUCUCCUAUGGUACAAGCAUUACAAAUGCUAUAUUGAUAUAUUGAUGUGUGUCUUCUAGAUCUGAUUCCGUUAUAACAGUUUCCUGUGAAACGUUGGUUUGAAAAGGAGGUUAACUCGACGAGUUGACCUCUUUCGGUCACCUGCAGAAUGUGUCGUCAUUUUAGUAAAUGUCAGAGAAACCUUUUAAAAAUCUGAAUCGCAUAAUUGUCACUAAAGCUGCCCGACUUUCCAGACUGAUUAAAGGCUUUCUGAUGGUUGGACAUAUGUAUUGCAAGUUAAACUUGGUUUGUGAAGCAGAGGCAAUAAACUAAUUUAUUACCAUUA